AUGAAUCUGAUUUUAGUGACAAUUUGCGCAAUUCUUCUAACACAAGUAUAUGGCGAUGAUAUAUAUGGAGAAGUCACAUGUGAUAAUAUUGGAGAGUUCUUUGUUGAUGGUCAGGUUGUAGCAAGUUCAAACGAUUGGAAAGUUGGUUCUCAGGUUUCUUUUCCGGAUACUGCACAUGUCCUGGCAUUCGAUUGCCUAGAUGAAGGUGGGAUCGGAGGAAUUCGAGGCUCAUUUAGUAGUGGCAUGGUUACUGAUUCGGCAUGGAAAUGCUCAACUUCAGACGAUGAAGGCUGGAGUGGAUUAGGAUUUGAUGAUAGUGAAUGGCAGAAUGCGACAAUACAGACACACAGCCAAUGGGGAAACGAACCCACAUCUAUAUCCAGUGAAGCUAAAUGGAUUUGGACUGCUGGUGAUACUGCUGAUAGACAUGUUUUCUGCAGACGAAGAUUACGCUCAGUAAAUGGCAAUGGUAUAUAUGGAGAAGUCACAUGUGAUAAUAUUGGAGAGUUCUUUGUUGAUGGUCAGCUUGUAGCAAGUUCAAAUGAUUGGCGAGUUGGUUUUCCGGUUGUUUUUCCUGCUAGAGCACAAGUCUUGGCAUUCGAUUGCCUGGAUGAAGGUGUGAUCGGAGGAAUUCGAGGCUCAUUUAGUAAUGGCAUGGUUACUGAUUCGGCAUGGAAAUGCUCAACUUCAGACGAUGAUGGCUGGAGAGAAUUAAGAUUUGAUGAUAGUGAAUGGCAGAAUGCCACUAUACAGACACACAGCCAAUGGGGAAACGAACCAACAUCUAUAUCCAGUGAAGCUAAAUGGAUUUGGACUGCUGGUGAUACUGCUGAUAGACAUGUUUUCUGCAGGCGAAGAUUACGCUCAGCAACCUCAAAAAAGGUGAAAACAUUUGAAUCUGUGCAAUAA